ACAAAUUCGCUUGCCGUAUGCAAAAUUGGUAGUGUGAUUCGCUGGAUUCGUGUGAAUACGGUGAAUACUAAGCCGAGUAAACCCAAAAGGAAUUGCGAUUAAAGCUAAAUACGGAUUCUCGCGUCAUCUUUGUGCUGAUAUUAGUGUGCGGAACAGUUCCUCCUCGUGCUCACCAAACUGUUGUAUAAGAUAAGAAUCCACUCCCCCGUGUAGACCUGUUUCAAAUUUAACGCGUCAGUCGUCAGGCUGAGGCCCAGUAGAGAACAGCUUCAACAGAAAAGGUGGAAUUUCGUCGAAGUGUGUGCCUUAGUUGCAGAUCUAUUAGAAUGUCUCUCUCACAAUGUACCAGCAAGGUAUUCACUACAUUUCGAAUCAACCAACGGACGUUUGAAAUCACAAAGAUUUUGUCCUGCCGUUACUCCACCAAAAAGCGAUCCAAAAUCUAUAAUAGUGCAGACGAGGCCAUUGACGAUAUACCGAACGGCGCCAAGCUUCUCGUGGGCGGCUUUGGUCUAUGCGGAAUCCCGGAAAAUCUAAUUGCAGCAUGCGUGAAGAAGGGGGUUAAAGAUCUGACUGUGGUGUCCAACAAUGCCGGUAUCGACGCGUUUGGUCUCGGUCUAUUCCUGAAACAACGUAUGAUCAAGCGUAUGAUCGCAUCGUACGUUGGUGAGAAUGCUGAAUUCGAGCGACAGUACCUGACCGGGGAAUUGGAGCUGGAGCUCACACCACAGGGCACCCUGGCAGAGCGGUUGCGUGCCGGCGGGGCCGGUGUUCCCGCUUUUUUCACCCCAACUGCCUACGGUACGCUGAUUCACGAGGGCGGUGCCCCGAUCAAAUACGGCAAAGACGGUUCGGUAGAAAUUGCCAGCGAACCCCGUCCCAUGCAGAUGUUCAAUGGAAAACCGUACAUAAUGGAGGAAGCCAUCACCGGUGACUUUGCUUUGGUGAAAGCCCACGUAGCCGACGAAUCGGGAAAUUUGAUUUUCAACAAGUCCGCUCGGAACUUUAAUCCGACCAUGUGCAAAGCUGCUAAAACCACCAUCGUUGAGGUUGAGGAGAUUGUACCGGUUGGCACGUUGAACCCGGAUCAGGUCCACAUUCCUAGCAUAUUUGUACACCGAAUAAUUAAGGGUUCCAAAUAUGAGAAGCCGAUUGAGCGGUUACGAAUUCGAGAUACUAAGAAGGCAGGAUCGGUUGUAGCAUCAACACCAGCUGCGAAACAGCGUGAGAGAAUAGUUCGGCGGGUUGCACUGGAGUACAAAGACGGAAUGCACAUCAAUCUGGGCAUUGGUAUACCGGUAUUGUCCUCCAACUAUAUCAAGGGUAUUAAUGUGUUACUUCAGUCGGAGAACGGCAUUCUGGGACUUGGUCCGUUCCCAGAGAAACACGAAGUUGAUCCUGAUCUGAUUAAUGCUGGAAAGGAAAGCGUCACCGUCCUACCCGGAGCGUCUUUCUUUUCGUCGGAUGACAGUUUCUCGAUGAUCCGUGGAGGGCACAUUGAUAUUACUGUACUAGGGGCGAUGCAGGUUUCGCAAUUUGGAGAUUUGGCUAACUGGAUGAUUCCCGGACGUCUGGUGAAAGGAAUGGGUGGAGCGAUGGAUCUGGUUUCAGCCCCGGAUACCAAGUGUAUUGUGACUAUGGAACACAACGCCAAGGAUGGUUCGCAUAAGAUCCUUGCUGAUUGUUCACUUCCAGUUACAGGCAAGAACUGUGUUGACUUGAUCAUAACCGAGAAGGCGGUAUUCAACGUGGACAAAGAGCGAGGCCUAACACUGAUGGAAGUUGCCGAUGGUGUGACAGUGGAAGAAGUAAUCACCAGCACCGGGUGCAACUUCGAGGUUUCACCUGAUUUAAAACCAAUGGGACAAGUGCCUGAGUAGAGUCGAAUAAUGCGAUAGAAGAACAUGCAACAUGAAUCACUCAGGAAAGGGCACAUUAUUUCUGUCUGCGGUUGUUUUCACUUGUCGUUUGCCACACUAAGAUUACUAGCAUUAGUGUACGUACACUAUCGUGUAAGUGUAUAAAGCUAUUUUUGUUAAUGCGAUGUUACAUUGAAUGCGCGUCGUCAAGUCGAUUUUAAUCUGAGUAUACAAUGUAAUAAUAAAUAAAAUUUUGUUCCGAAUAAUAA